AUGGCAGAAAAACUAGAAGAUCUCAAUUUACCACUGACAGUCGUCGGACGGAUAGUUAAAGAAGCUUUGCCAGAUGGAGUUGCAAUUUCCAAAGAGGCGCGAACCGGUUUAGCCAAAGCUGCAUCUGUUUUCGUUCUGUACGUUACCUCUGCAGCAACAAACACAGUGAAACAUCAUAAAAGGAAAGCUCUAACGGGUCAGGAUGUGUUAGAGGCGAUGGCAGAUAUUGAAUUUGAGAGAUUUGUGGAGCCACUACGUGAAGCCCUCGAGCAGUACAAAUUAGCGGCCUCUGCGAAGAAGUCUGCUGGAAAGAAAAAAGAUGACGAAGAUGUAGAAAUCGUAGAGGAAGACAAUUAA